AUGCCUCCGAGGCCACGAAUGUGCAUCGCCACGACCAAGCCCAUCUCGGCAUGGUAUGAGCGCACCUCUCUUCUGCCUGUGGCCGCCGUGCGCCAUCACUCGUCGACCUCGGCCGCCUCCGCCUCCACCUCCAGCUCCAGCUCCAGCUCCAGCUCCAGCUCCAGCUCCAGCUCGUCCUCGACCUUGACUUCGCUCACCGGCACGUCCUCUCUCGGCUCAGAGCCAUCGUCCUCCACCUCUGAUCAUACUGCACUAUUAUCUACAAAAGCAAAAGUGGGUGAUCCAACUUCCCACUCGAGCUGACCUUUGCCUGCUCAAUGCUCAUGCACUCUCCUGAGCUCACAGGCACAGGCUCGUAUCGCUCGAGUCGACUCGACCUCGCUUUCCAAGGUCUCGCCCUUCCUCACCGACUCGUUUGGUCGGAAGCAUGACUAUCUGCGCAUAUCCUUGACGGAGAAAUGCAAUCUGCGAUGUGAGUUGGACUGGACUACACCGUGCAUGGCUCAAACCCCAACCGUAGUUUAUCGGAUUCCGACGACUCGGCCGAACUUCGGGGCUAAGGAGCUCCACACUUGCAAAGCACCCUGCUGACGUAUAUCCUACCGACGAUCAGGUACAUACUGCAUGCCCGAAUCGGGUGUCAAGCUCUUGCCCCGCGAUGACCUGUUGACCACGGACGAGAUCGAACGAACGGCCAAGAUUUUCGUCGCGAAUGGCGUAACCAAGAUUCGACUCACCGGCGGCGAACCGACCGUACGCAAAGAUUUGAUCGAUGUUGUUAGUGAGUCGGUGGAACCCGUAUCGGUAUCGCACAUCGAAAAGCUACUCACGGAUCGACGAAUCCUCGCGCGCAGCCCGACUCGGUCGACUACCCCUCGACUCGCUAGGCAUGACCUCCAACGGCAUUUCCCUCAAGAGACGACUUCCGCAGCUCGUCGAGGCCGGCCUCACCCACCUCAACCUAUCGCUUGAUACGCUCGAUCCGUUCAAGUACGAGCUCAUGACGAGACGGAGAGGCUUCUCGGCCGUCAUGGAAUCGCUUCAGGUCGCUCGGGGGUUGGCCAGUCAGGGGCUCAAGACCAAGAUCAAUGUCGUCGUCAUCAGAGGUGAGGGCAAAGCACUAAAGACUGGGCACAGAGCGCGAUAUCUCAUUAACUUCCUCUCCUUCGUCUUCCCGCAGGGCUCAACGACGACGAGGUCCCACAUUUUGUCGAAUUGAUCAAGGACAUGGACAUCACCGUCCGCUUUAUCGAAUACAUGCCCUUUGAAGGUCAGUACAAAGGGGCGCGGCUCAGGUUAAAAGGAAGUAGCUCAGCGAUUGACUCACCAUCCCUUCGCCCAGACAACCGAUGGUCAACCACCAAACUCGUUCCCUCUGCCCAGCUCGUGGCCAAACUACAAACGAUCCAUCCGACCCUUGAGAAGCUCAUCGACCCCCAUAGUGAUACGACAAGAUCAUGGCGAGUACCCGGGUAUCGAGGCAAGGUCGGCUUUAUCAGUUCCAUGUCGGAUCAUUUUUGUGGAGAAUGCUCGAGGUUGAGGAUCGGGGCCGAUGGUCGAGUCAAGGUAAGCUAUUCCCACACCUUCAUUCGAAGCUUACACCGCAAACUUACUCACUGUCGAUGCGCUUUCCUAGGUGUGCCUCUUCGGCCCUCCCGUGCUGUCCCUCCGACCUCUCCUUCGAUCCCCCGAAACUACAGACCAAGACCUGAUGGAAUCUGUCGGCCGUACCGUUUGGGGCAAGAAAUUCGCUCACAACGGUUUAGGUGGAGCAGAGGGUAUUAGUGAGAAUGGAAAGAUGGGUCCGAUGGUCGGGAUUGGUGGAUGAGGUGUAGAGGGGCGCGAGGCGGAUCUUUCGAAUGGUCGGAGUAUUCGGAGUGGAAGUGAGUGCAUUCGCUUUCGGAGAAGAACCGUGUUGGCUGUGUUGAUUUUAAUUCCUGGCGCGUUGUGCCGAAUGGAUAGUUUUCAAUCCGAAUUGGCUCAGACCACAAAGACCUCGGCAACCCCUCUCCACAAGAUUACCGCUACACCUCUUGGCUCGAUCGACCCUGUAUGCUCCCCGUCUUGGCACUCGCCUCUUCUCAUAUUCGGUUCGAUCCAACCAUGCGGAGGAUGACUCGAAGCCCGUGGACACGCUCACACACAUCGACUCCCGAACGGGCAAAGCAUCCAUGGUAUCCGUCUCUUUCAAAGCCAUCACUCUCCGAUCCGCCACGGCUGUCGGUCGGAUUCGCUUGAACGAACAAGCUUGGUCUCUCAUCGAUUUCGGUAGCACCUCAACCGACCAAGUGGACCGUUCCUCCCCUCCGACUAUGCGCACCAAAAAAGGCGACGUCCUCACAAUCGCCCACCUAGCCGGCCUCAUGGCGACCAAACAAACCUCCAACCUCAUACCCCUCUGUCAUCCCCUCCUCCUCUCCAACAUCAAACUCACCCUCGAACCUCACUCCGAAAGCACCUCGAUCCAAAUCAGCUGUCGAGUCGAAUGUGAGGGUAAAACCGGGGUCGAGAUGGAGGCUUUGAUGGGGUGUCAGGUCGCUUUGUUGACGGUUUGGGAUAUGUGCAAGGCCGUGGCGGGGAGGGACAUGGUCAUUGAGGGGCUGAUGGUGGUGGAGAAGAGUGGGGGGAGGAGUGGGGAUUGGAAGAGGGAAGCUUGA